CUGGUUUCUGAGCUGGAAGAGCUGUCCAGAAGUACAGCAAAGAGGGGCAUAGUCAAGAAAUACACCAACACAAUUGACGGUAGCGAUGUGCAAAUAUCCAGCUGGAGAUUCAACGAAUGGGACUAUUCUUCCAAAAAAGUGAAGCUGCCCAUUUAUGCGAGAGGUCUAUUCACGGUUGGUGACCGCAUUGUUUGUCGUGGAUACGACAAGUUCUUUAACGUCGACGAGCUUGGCUCAGUCUCGAGAAAAGCGUUACAGGAAACCACCACCGGUCCAUAUACCCUGACAGUCAAAGCCAAUGGAUGUAUUGUUUUCAUUUCUGGCCUCGAGGACGGGACACUAGUUGUGUGCUCGAAACAUUCGACCGGGUAUCGCGAUGACCUAACUCGUAACCACGCAUUGGCUGCACAGGCUGCUCUAAAAAGACAGCUCGAAAAAAAUGACAUUAAUUCAACGGAUCUUGCAAAAACUCUCUACCAACUGGGAAUAACUGCAGUAGCAGAGUAUUGUGACGACUCAUUUGAAGAGCAUAUUUUAGAGUAUACGCAAGAAAAAGCAGGAUUGUACUUACACGGGCUUAACUACAACACCUGCAAUUUCAAAACCUGUUCCAUGGCUGUGGUAACCAAAUUUGCACAAGCCUUUGGGUUCAAGACCAUUGACUAUUUUGAGGUUCCCACCUUUGAAGAGACUAUGGAGCUUUUGGAAAAGGCCAGCGAAACUGGACUCCACAAUGGAGAAGAAAUAGAAGGAUUUGUUGUGAGGUGCCAAAAAGACAGCUCUGACUUUUUUUUCAAGUACAAAUUUGAAGAACCAUACCUACUCUACCGGGAGCUGCGUGAGGUCACCAAGCAAUACCUGACUAAAGGCCUCGACAAUGUUAGCUUCAAAAACCACAAGCUAAUUUGCAUGGAUUAUCUGAAAUUUGUGAUUCCGUUGUUUGAUGCUGACCCAUCACUUAAGGAAAAUUAUUUAAAAGACAAAGGAAUUGUCAAGUUGCGGAAGCUUUACAUGGAGCACAAGCAAAAAUCCGGCUCUGAAAUCAUCAAGGAAGAACAGUCCAUGGAAAAACUAGAAGAGGAGCUGAAGUGUGCGGGCUACGGCCAAGAUACUUGUAAAUAUGUUCUAGUCACUGUGGCGACAAUCGGCUGUGGCAAAACAACAACAUCGAUGACAUUGGCCAACCUGUUUCCUGAUCUUAUUGGCGUUGUUCAAAGUGACGACAUUCCAUCUCCAAUAAAAAAUAAACAGGUAGCCAAAUGCUUGGAAGUUUUGGUGGAAAAGCCAAUUGUGAUCCUUGACAGAAACAACCACAAAUUUAUCGAAAGACAACAGACGUUUGAGUACUUUGCGGACCUCAACAAACUGAUUCCAACGUCGAAGCUCAAAUUUAUCUGCUUGAACUUUCUAGGAAAUAUGUCCAAAAAUGACCCAAAACUUUGGGAGAUUACCAGAGCGCGCGUAUUGGAGAGAGGAGAUAACCACCAAAGCAUCAAAGUUGAACGCGACGGGUCUUACAAGGCCGAAAUGAUCAUGAAAGGUUUCUUGGGAAGAUUCCAACCUGUUGAAAAAGACAAGUUUCCUGACUCAAGAUUUGAUCAUGUUAUCGACCUUAGAGUGGACAAAGACUCUUCAUUGGAAAACGCCAAACUCAUAGCUCGCAGAUUAGCUGAAAUUGCAACCGACGUAAAUCUUCAGUAUCCGAGCGAAGAACAAUUCUUAGAGGCUUAUCAGAAAGCUCUUGACUUUAAACCCGUGGUGACAAAGAAUUUCAAGACGAAAAAAGAGAAACCACAGUAUUUUGGCAUACUAGUUGACGAUAUUGACAAAUUAGCUCAAUUACAUGAGAUUGGCUUUUUCAAACAGUUACAGGAAGCCAAUCGAGUCAAAAAAGAGUUCCACAUCACGUUGAUUCACCUUGGAUCUACCAAAAAGAAUCCUCCAAUGAAGACAAUUUACCAAAACUAUUGCGAACUGAUUAAAGAUAUGGAGAAGGUAAACGACCAAAUAGAAUUGCCAUACAAGGCGGAUGCGAGACUUUUCCGGAUAUGCUGGAACUCCAGAGUAAUGUGCAUUGAGGCAGAAGUGAAGCGUAUCUAUGGGGAGGAAGGCGAGCGGUUGGAUAGUUUGGGCAUAGGAAAUAAAUAUCCACACAUCACAGUGGGUACUGUCUCAGAAAAGGUGCGGGCUCUGGAAUCAAACAAGCUGCUUUCAGAUUUGCAUGACUUUGGGGAUGAAAAUAUUAAUACACUGGACCUGAAUAUAGAGUUGAAUCAGCUACCCGUUUUCGUCCACUAUUGA